AUGCCCCCAACUCGCUCAUCAGGCCGAAACACUCGAUCUUCUUCUUCACUAAAAUCAUCAAAUACCAAACAAAAUUCAAACUCCAAGAAGAGAAAAGCACCCAGAUCUUUGCCAACCAAGAAAAACUCGUCUAGAAAACGAUCCGGUGUUAACCAGGAGCAAGAUGAUGAUGAAGAAGAAGAACCGGAAGAGGAAGAUGAACCGGAAGAAGAACAACCAGACUCAGAACAAGACCAACCGGACCAGGAAGAAGAGCGAGAAGAAGAAGAAGAGAGUAUCAAUUUAACAUUGGAAAACUUCCAAACUCAAUUAGGAUCUUGGUCGAUUAACAAACUUCGCGAGGUUCUAGGAAAGAGAAAAAAAUCCUGUUCCAAUCGAGUUCCACCCGAGGUUCAAGACGCCCUGUUGUUGCUCCAACAGAAUUACAUCAAGAGCAAACUCAUGCUUUCUAUAAUAGGAAAUAUUACUGAAACAACCACUGCAAAGUAUCUUGGUGAGAACAAACCCCCUCUCCCUCCAAAAGGUGUGUCCAUAGGAUGGGAGGAAAGAAAUAAGAUCUUGGGUGAAGCGUGGAUGGAGCUUUCCGGCAUAGAAAAGGAAGUUUUUAGUCCCCCAAUCUUUCAGUUCUUCUCUAAAAUUCCAUGUUCUUACGACAACGACGAUGAGGACGAAGAUGAAUUAGCUGAAAUCACCCUUACUCAAGAGGAGGAGGAACUCUACCGACCCCUUUACGAUUGA